ACCUUGUUUUGUUCCCGCUCAAUCGACCAAAAAGUUUUCAUACAAAUGUGCAAAUAGCAUCUGGGAAAAUAAAGGGCGCAAGUCAUAAAAUUUGCCGGCAUUAUUAUUUUAAAUUAUAAACAUACGGUUGCUUUGUAGAGUAAAUUCAUAAUAAGAAAUGACAAACACAAAUUCAACAACUAAUCAACAAAGAAAUAUUGAAAAUGCAGCCAGAGCUAAGAACCCGUUGGAGGCCGUACCGGACGCCUUCCAGUUCACGGCAAAGAAUGGCGCAGAAUACAAACUAUAUUGUCGUGCAAAGGCGGACAUGGAUUCUAAAACAUUAAAAUGGGCUUUUAAGUUAGCAGAGCGUAAUGUGGGUCCAUUUUAUAAAGCGUUAAAAAUGGGGUGGCAGCCGAAAGUGAAGCAAAAUGACUUAAAUAAAAAAUGGGCACGGUAUUUGGUAGCAACUGAUAAGAGUGGACAACCGGUGGCAUAUACUAUGUUCCGUUUCGACAUGGACUACGGUCACAGCGUGCUUUAUUGUUAUGAAAUGCAAAUUGAAAGCGACUCUCAGCGCCAAGGACUUGGUAAGUUCAUGAUGAACGUGCUGGAACAAUGUGCACAACACUGGCAUAUGGACAAAGUGGUGCUAACAGUGCUGAAAAAUAAUACCAAUGCUACAGCUUUCUUCAAAGCAAUCGGGUACAGCUUAGAUGAAACGUCGCCGGAUGUACUGGAGAAAGCAGAAUACGAAAUAUUAAGCAAGAUAUUAUAAGAUCCUUUAAGUACCUACCUGACAGCGAAAAAAAAUUGACUUAAAUGUUUUAUCCUCAGAUAAAUGAUUUAUUUUACAACUUUAAAUGACUAACAAAAUCCAACAAUACAAAAUCGAAUAUGCAAAUAUAAUCUAGAAGCAUUUGA